AUGUAUAAUGAACUUAAAGAAUCUCUACAACUUGCCUAAAAGCUAGACGAAGUCAAAGUAGUCUUGGUUUAUGGGGCUCAGGGUGAUUUUAGUUCAGGAAAUGAUAUGGAUAACUUUAUUAACCUUCCUCCUGACAGUGCUUAAAACAUAAGUGAUUUUACAUUUGCAUUUGCUGGAUUAACAAAACCAUUAUAUUUCUUUGUUUAGGGAUGCGCUGUUGGUAUCAUUGCUACAAUGGCAGCUCAUGCUGAUUUUGUUUAUUGCAGUGAAAAUGCUUUCUUCUUCACACCAUUUAUGGGUUUGCAACUUGCAACCGAGGGCUUAUGCUCAAUUAAAUUCCCAGAAAUUAUGGGUAGAAGAAAAGCAGCAGAAGUUUUGUUCUUAGAUUAAAGAGUCACAGCUUAAGAUGCGUUAAAGUAUAGAUUCAUAAAUGGAAUUAUCAAGAGAGAUGACUUACCUGCAACCGAGCCUUUAAUAUAAGACAUAGAAAAAUUACCAUAUCUUAAAAAAUUACUCAGUACUGAUUCAAAGACUAUGUAAAAUGCAAAAAAAUUGUUAGUAUAGGGAUAAGAUAUGCAGAGAUUGAGACAGCACAAUAUGCUAGAAUAAACUCUUUGUGAAAACGCAUAAUUGGCACCUGGAUUUAAGGAUCAUAUAAGAAAUUAUAUGAAGAAAGGGAUGAAAAAAGAAUAGCCUAAAUUAUGA